AUGGACUUCGUCGCUCAUGCGGUCGAUUCCGCGCUUUCCAUGGCCAACAUGGACGCGGUUGACGCCCUACGAACCUUCUUUGUUUUUGCAGCUUGCACGAUCCUCUCCGUUAGUCUACCAGAUUCACUUCGGUCGCGCUUCAUCCCCUACGGCGCUCGUGCGACCUCGACAGCUGCAGUCGAGACAGAGACACCCGCGUCACCAGCCUCGCCCUUGAGCGCGUCGCCAGUAACACGCACCCUCGAUUACAUUGCCACACUGAGAGUCCCUCACAGCUACUUUACGCAGUUCUACGUAGUUUCUGUGCUGUCCUCGAUCUUCUGGGCGCUGCAGCUGCUCUUUCACGGCGCCGCGUUCCAGGCUAUUGCGACUAGAGUCGGCCCGGAACACUUGCAUCAAGCAAUCUCGAUUAACCAGAUUAUGCUAUGCUGGGGCUUGAUGUUGAUCCAGGGGCUAAGGCGACUACACGAGUGUCUUAGCUUCUCCAAGCCUUCUCCGUCGGAGAUGUGGUUUGUUCAUUGGCUCGCGGGCAUUGCAUUUUACCUGGCAGUGCCGGUUGCAAUCUGGAUUGAGGGAGCAGGAACGGUGCUUUCGCACGAGCUGAGCCUAGACGACUUUAGCUUAGCUACCCGGUUUUCCGGACGCACGCUCUUAUGCCUCCCGAUCUUUAUCCUCGCAUCGGGCAUUCAACACGACUGCCACCACUAUCUUUACUCGCUGAAAAAGUACACAUUGCCCACCCAUCCUAUGUUUAGCAAAUUCGUCUGCCCGCAUUACACAGCCGAAUGCAUGAUUUAUCUGUCCAUCGCGCUAUUGGCUGCCCCCAAGGGGGAGAUGGUCAACAAAACCGUGCUCUCCGCCCUCGCAUUCGUCGUAGUUAAUCUAGGCAUCACAGCCUCGACGACGAGACAAUGGUACAGACAGAAGUUCGGCGAGGAGGCUGUCCGAGGGAAGUGGAACAUGAUUCCUAUCAUAUAUUAG